UGAAUUUUCUUUUGAAAUAAUUUUGUGUCCACUUGAACAUGUUGUAUAAAAUAAGAUUCAAUAAAAUGGAAUAAAAUUAAAAAAUAAAUAAAUCAAAAGAUGCUUCAUGUGGUACCCUCUUUUCUAUUUUGUCUGUUCUAAUAAGAGUGUCACUUCUCAAAUUAUCAGAAAAGAAAGGAGGAGAUAGAAGAUAGAAGUAGAAGAGGAGAGAGGUAGCUGAUUCUAUUCAUGCUCUGCAAUUGAGAAUUACAUGUAUUUGUACAAAAAUUAAGGUUAUGGGAUCUGUAAUUGCUCCUAACAAGUGGAACUAGCUAACCGAUGAACCUAAGUUAGCUGAAAUUGAUGCCAAAUGAAAUACAAGCCAAAUUUUUGUGCCUCAGUAUUUUUAUAUAAAGGUAUGAUUUGCAGUACUAAUUUUACGGUAAAGGUGCUGACUGCUGAUCCUGCUGGCUGCGCCUUUCUGGUCAAGGAAUCGGAAAUAUUUAAAGGGAUAGAAAGUGAGAAUCCUCUAAUUGGUGCCGUCAAUCCAAAGAAAUGCAUUGAUACAGAGGAAAAACAGUUAUAUACUACGGAGUUUUGCCGAUAAAUCAAAGUCCAAUGGCCUAUAAUAACGUGGUGAGUGAAAUGGGCGACGUGGGUUACCCACUUCCGGCAAGUUCAGGUCGUCGGUUGUUGCCGUUGCCCAUGUUCGUGCGGUUGUUUCUUGUAUUUACUUUGUUGCUAAAUAGCAACUCAGUUUCUUCAUAUUCAUCAGGAGGAUACUGGGAUGUUACCUGCAACAAUUCUGCAGAUAUGGAAAGAGGGAAGUUGGGUCCUAAAAACCCCGGUGUAUGCUCGGAAGAGGCCAAACAUCUUCCAGUUUGUGAAUGUGGAUUCAAAAUGUUGGACUCCUGCUUCUUGAGUAAGACUAAGAUGCUUGAAAUCGAAAAGGGCGCAAACGACUUUAACAUACCUAUAAUCAGAUCCAACCGAAAGUUGGUUGCCACUACUGACGGAGGUCUGCAUAACCCUUCUUGUUUAGUCUUCAAUUCUGCAUGGAAGGUCCAACAACUAGAAAAUGAACCAAACAAAAAGCUCAAUUAUCCGUCACCUGCUGCUGGUAUAGAAAGACCGAAAAGUGAUGAGGAUAUCGCAUUCAUGAGUAUUCUUGAACUUGGGCAACUUCUCAAGGCUAAUCUAAUCACAUCAGUGGAGCUGACUGGAAUUUUCUUGAAGAGACUGAAGAGGUAUGGUCCUGUCCUUGAAUCCGUCAUUACAAUUACUGAAGAAUUAGCAUAUAAACAAGCAAAAGAGGCGGAUCAACUGCUUGCUGAAGGCAAAUAUUUGGGUCCUCUUCAUGGGAUUCCCUAUGGUCUGAAGGACAUCAUAGCGGUACCUAACUAUAACACAACAUGGGGUUCAACAUCUUUUAAAGACCAAGUUCUUGAUAUUGAAGCUUGGGUUUAUAAGAGGCUGAAAUCCGAGGGAGCAGUUCUUGUUGCAAAGUUAGUAACUGGUUCUUUAGCAUACGAUGACGUCUGGUUUGGUGGUAGAACAAGAAACCCGUGGAAUAUUAAGGAAUAUUCUACAGGUUCAUCAGCAGGGCCUGCUUCUUGCACCUCAGCAGGUUUGGUUCCAUUUGCAAUCGGUUCAGAAACUGCCGGCUCUAUUACCUAUCCAGCUUCUCGCUGUGGCGUGACAGCACUGCGGCCCACUUUUGGAGCUGUUGGUCGAACGGGUGUUAUGAGCAUAGCCGAAAGCUUGGAUAAAUUAGGCCCUUUUUGUAGAAAUGCUGUGGAUUGUGUGAUUGUUCUGGAUGCCAUUCGGGGAAAGGACCCAGAUGAUGUUUCAUCCAGAGACAUACCCUUUAGCGAUCCGUUCUCCGUUGAUAUCACAAAACUUACUGUUGGAUAUCUUGAGGAUGCUGAGAUGGAAGUUGUUCAUGUACUUCAAUCAAAGGGAGUGAAUAUGGUCCCGUUUAACCUGAGUUACACUGUUGAUUCUGCCCAAGGUAUCCUCAAUUUCACAAUGGAUGUUGAGAUGCUGGCUCACUUCGACAAAUGGCAGCGGUCAAAUCUGGAUGAUGAAUAUGAAGCCCAAGAUCAGUGGCCUAUUGAACUUCGCCGAGCACGUGCCGUAUCUGCGGUUGACUAUCUUCAGGCACAAAGGGCUAGAGGUAAAUUGAUUCAGCAAGUGAGAGAAAGUUUCAAAGUUGACGCGUUUAUUGGAAAUGCAACUGAUUGGGAGAAAGUUUGUGUUGGCAAUCUUGUGGGUAUCCCAGUAGUAGUUGUUCCGACAGGAUUCAAAAAGAUAUAUGAUGCACCGUCAAAUGAUACUCGCAGGAGAACAACAAUCACUACAGGCAUAUAUGCUCCUCCAGACCGUGAUCAUAUCGCCUUAGCUUUAGCAAUGGCUUAUCAAUCAGCCACCAAUCAUCAUAAGCAGCGGCCACCAAUUGAUGACCUUGGGGCAAAUGAUUCUAUACUAGACAAACCAAAAUCCUUGUAGCUGCAAGAAAACUAGGGGUUUGUAGGUUCUUGAUUCUCUUGAGUGCUUGAUAUCAAUCUGCAUCUGUGCUUGAACCUGAUGACUCAGACCAAUUGUUGUAGUAGUUAAAACUAUGAAAAAUAUGAAUCACAACUCUUGUUUGGGCCAUGAGGAAGAGAGAGUUUCUGUCUACUUCUUCCUCUCAUUGUGGCUAUAUUGUGUCUUUGUCUGUUUUAUAGUUCUAACUUCUAAUUAUGUGAAAUUUCUGAUUACAUAUGACAUAUAAAUUAUAUUAACGUUGUACUUUAAUUGGAUUUUUAUCCAAGCUGGAGAGUAUCUUGUCACAAAAGCUGAGGAUUUGAAAUCCAUCUAUGUUAUGGUG